GGCCCGCCCCCGCCCGCCCCGGCCUCGACCCUCGGGGGCCCUGGCGGGGCCCGAGCCUGCGCCCGCUCGCCGCCAUCGCCCGAGUCGCAGCGCGGCCCUCGCUGUGCGGAGGACAGGCCCCGCGCCCGGACCCCGGCCGACUUCUGAGGUGCCAGGAUGGUAGGGGAACUCCGCUACAGGGAAUUCAGGGUGCCCCUGGGGCCCGGCUUGCAUGCCUAUCCUGAUGAGCUGAUCCGACAGCGGGUGGGCCAUGAUGGACACCCGGAAUACCAGAUCCGCUGGCUCAUCCUCAGGCGUGGAGACGAUGGGGACCCCAGUCAGGUGGACUGCAAGGCCGAGCACAUCCUGCUGUGGAUGUCUGAUGACGAGAUCUAUGCCAACUGCCACAAGAUGCUAGGUGAAGAUGGCCAGGUCAUCGGGCCUUCCCAGGACAACGCAGCAGAGGCCGGGGCCCUGGACAAAGCUGUGCUGGGGGAGAUGGAAACAGACGUGAAGUCCCUGAUUCAGAGGGCCCUGCGGCAGCUGGAGGAGUAUGUAGGCACCAUGCCUCCGGCUCCUCUGCUUCACACUGUCCAUGUGCUCAGCGCCUAUGCCAGCAUCGAGCCCCUCACCUGGGUCUUCAAAGACCCGAGGGUCUUGGACUUGCUCAUGCACAUGCUGAGCAGUCCGGAUUACCAGGUUCGCUGGAGCGCAGGCCGGAUGAUACAAGCCCUGUCCUCCCAUGAUGCCGGUGAGGGCCCGCUUGGGGAGGAAGGGAGAGCCAGAGAGGGGCUGGGUCAGCUCAGGGACACACAGGACACGGUGGCGGGAGCCUCUGACCUCAUCAGGACCCGGACCCAGAUCCUUCUGUCCCUGAGUCAGCAAGAGGCCAUUGAGAAACACCUGGAUUUUGACAGCCGCUGUGCCCUGCUCGCCCUGUUUGCACAGGCCACUCUCUCCGAGCAUCCCAUGUCUUUCGAGGGCGUCCAGCUGCCACAGCUCCCGGGAAGGCUGCUCUUCUCCCUGGUGAAACACUUCUUGUAUGUCACCUCCCUCCUGGAUCAGCUGAAUGGCAAUACCGGGGAGCCAGGAGCCCAGAACAACUCUGCUCCCGAAGAACUGAGUGCGGAGAGGGGUCGACUGGAGCUGGACUUCAGCAUGGCCAUGGGCACCCUGAUCUCAGAGCUGGUCCAGGCCAUGCGCUGGGACUGGGCCUCCAGCCGAGCAGGAAGCCCAACAAAGGCCCCCUAUUCCAUCUUCCAGCCUCGGGCGGAAGGUGCCAGCCCAGGGGCCCCACCCUCCCAGGCCCAGCGCUACUUCAGGCGGUCUAGGCGGUUUCGUCCUCCCACCGAGUUUGCAAGCAGCAAUACCUACGCUUUGUAUGUGCGCGACACGCUGCAGCCGGGGAUGAGAGUGCGGAUGCUGGAGAACUUUGAGGAAAUCAGUGCUGGAGACGAGGGUGAAUUCCGGCAGAGCAACAAUGGCGUGCCCCCAGUGCAGGUGUUCUGGGAGUCGACGGGCCGCACCUACUGGGUGCACUGGCACAUGCUGGAAAUCCUGGGCUUUGAGGAGGACGUGGAGCAGAGGAUCGAGUCUGACGAGUACCACGGGGCGGUGGUCAGCGGAGCUCUGGGUGGAGCCCUGCCUUCCUGGCACUGGAAGCCCAUGCUGGAGCUCUACGCGGUGCCCUAUGUGCAGCCUGAGGAAGAGGACGCGGAGGAGAGCGAACACCUGACCCAGGCCGAGUGGUGGGAGCUCCUCUUUUUCAUCCGGAAGCUGGAGAGCUCUGGGCGCCAGGAGGUUGUCCAGCUCCUGCAGGACAACAUGGACGGGGAGCACGUCCUGAAUGAAGAGAUCCUGCCUGAACUGGCUGUGCCCAUUGAGUUGGCUCAGGAGCUGCUGGUAGCUCUGCCACGGCGGCUUGACGACAGUGCCCUCAGGGACCUGUUCAACUGCCGGAUAUACAGGAGGUAUGGGCCUGAGGCCCUGGCAAGGCCACCUGCCUACCCAACCCUCCUGGGAGCCCAAGCCCCGCCUCCGAAAUCUGAAGACACUGACAAAGUGGAAGAGAAAGAAGCCCCUGGGAGGCCCAGCCCUGCCCUGCAGCCUCUGGUGGAGAGUCUGGGUCCCGCUGGGAAUGUCCUGGUGGCUCUGGAGCGGGCCCUCAGCGCCGAGGGCUGCCGGGAGAGCGAGGUCAAGCCGUGCUUGCUGCAGCUCCAGCGGCAGCCCCAGCCUUUCCUCGCCCUCAUGCAGAGCCUGGACACUCCCGCCAGCACCCACAAGCCCCUGCACCUGGCCGCGCUGAGAAUCCUAACGCAGCUGGUGGACUUCCCCGAGGCGCUGCUCCUUCCGUGGCACGAAGCCAUGGAGGCCUGCAUGGUCUGCCUGCGGUCCCCCAACACUGACCGAGAGGUGCUUCAGGAACUGAUCCUCUUCCUCCACCACCUGACCUCCGUGAGCAGGGACUACGCGGUGGUGCUGAACCAGCUCGGGGCCCGAGAUGCCAUCUCCAAGGCCCUGGAAAAGCACCUGGGGAAGCUGGAGAUGGCUCAGGAGCUCCGGGACAUGGUGUUCAAGUGUGAGAAGCAUGCCCACCUCUACCGGAAGCUCACCACCAACAUCCUGGGUGGCUGCAUCCAGACGGUGCUGGGGCAGAUCCAAGACCACAGACGAACCCACCGGCCCAUCAAGAUCCCUCUUUUUGAUGUGUUCCUCAGAUACCUAUGCCAAGGCUCCAAUAUGGAGUUGAAAGACAAGUGCUGGGAGAAAGUGGAGGUGUCUUCCAACCCGCACCGUGCCUGCAAGCUGACAGACCGCAACCCCAGGACUUACUGGGAGUCCAAGGGCGGCGCGGGGUCUCACCACAUCACCUUGCACAUGCGCCGCGGCGUCCCAGUCAGGAAGCUGACUCUGCUGGUGGCCCGUGAGGACGCGAGCUACAUGCCAGCCCGGGUGGUGGUGUAUGGCGGGGACAGCGCCAGCACGCUCCACACGGAGCUCAACUCGGUGAACGUGCUGCCCGGUGCCAGCCGCGUGGUCCUCCUGGAGAACCUCGCUCGCUUCUGGCCCGUCAUCCAGAUCCGCAUAAAGCGCUGCCAGCAGGGCGGCAUCGACACGCGCAUUCGGGGUUUGGAGGUCCUGGGCCCUAAGUCCACUUUCUGGCCGGUGUUCCGGGAGCAGCUGUGCCGCCACACGCGCCUCUUCUACAUGGUGCGCUCGCAGGCCUGGAGCCAGGACAUAGCCGAGGACCGCAGGAGCCUCCUGCACCUGAGCACCAGACUCAAUGGGGCUCUGCGCCAGGAGCAGAACUUUGCCGAUCUCUUCCUCCCUGACGAAGAAGCCGCGCAAGCACUGGGCAAGACCUGCUGGGAGGCCCUGGUCAGCCCCCUGGUGCAGAACGUCACCUCUCCUGAUGAGGAUGGCGUCAGCCCGCUGGGCUGGCUCCUCGACCAGUACGUGGAGUGUCGGGAGACCGCCCACAACCCGCAGAGCCGCGCGGCCGCCUUCUCCGCCAAGGUGCGCCGCCUCACCCACCUGCUGGUGCACGUGGAGCCCUGCGAGACGGCGCCCCCCGUGGCGGCCACGCCGCGGCCCAAGGGCAGAAACAGAAGCCACGACUGGAGCUCCUUGGCUACCCGGGGCCUGCCGAGCAGCAUCAUGAGAAACCUGACCCGCUGUUGGCAGGCUGUGGUGGAGGAGAAGGUGAACAGCUUCCUCGGCUCCCACUGGCAGGACGAUGACUUUGUGCCACGCUACUGCGAGCGCUUUUAUAACCUGCAGAAGUCCAGCUCGGAGCUGUUUGGACCGCGAGCGGCCUUUUUGCUGGCUCUGAAGAACGGCUGUGCGGGUGCUUUGCUAAGGCUCCCUUUCCUCAGAGCUGCCCAUGUGAGCGAGCAGUUUGCUCGGAGCAUCGACCAGCGGAUCCAAGGCAGCCGGACUGGUGGAGCCCGGGGAAUGGAGAUGCUGGCACAGUUGCAACGAUGCCUGGAAAGCGUCCUCAUUUUCUCCGGUCUAGAGAUAGCCACCACCUUUGAGCAUUAUUACCAGCACUACAUGGCGGACCGGCUCCUGAGCCUGGGCUCCAGCUGGCUGGAGGGGGCCGUGCUGGAGCAGAUCGGCCUCUGCUUCCCCAGCCGCCUCCCCCAGCUGAUGCUGCAGAGCCUGAGCACCUCGGAGGAGCUGCAGCGCCAGUUCCACCUCUUCCAGCUCCAGCAGCUCGAUCAGGAGCUCCUGAAGCUGGAGGAUACGGAGAAGAGGAGCCAGGUGGGCAAUGAGGCCAAUGGACAGGAACAUGGGAGCCAAGAGGAAGAGGAUGCUGGGGCGGCGGCAGCCAUAGCCAUGACACGGAGAGAGGAGGAAGAAGAGGAGGAGGAGGAAGGGGAGGAGGAGGAGGAAGGGCAGGAGGAGGAAGACCUCUACUCUGAAGGGGCCAUGCCAGAAGUGUCUGUACUCGUCCUGUCCCCACGCUAUUGGCCUGUUGACUCCAUCUGCCACACUCUGGACCCCCAAACCUGCCUGCCCUCCUACCUAAGGGGUACUUUGAAUCGAUACUCCAACUUCUACAACACAAGUCGGAGCCACCCCUGCCCCAGAGCGAGGUCCACAGAGGCGUCUGCAGUGGACGUGGCUGGGCCGGGCCGAGUUGCAGUUUGGGGAGCAGACGCUGCACGUGUCCACCGUGCAGAUGUGGCUGCUGCUGAGUCUCAAUGACCUGAAGGUGGUAUCUGUUGCGAGCCUGUUAGCACUUUCGGGGCUCCCUGCGGACAUGCUGAACCAGGCGAUCGGGCCCCUCACCUCUUCAAGGGGCCCCCUGGACCUCCAGGAGCAGAAGGAUG